UGUGUGUGUAGAGUUUGACACAGAGAGACAGAAGUCGUGACAGUCCACACUCUCACACACACACUGAUAGGUCCACGGACGCAGGAUGAACGCAGCCUCCGCAGACACGAGCACUCUGUGUCUGUUUGAUGUGGACGGAACACUGACCGCCGCGAGACAGCGUGCGACUCCAGAAAUGUCCCAGUUCCUGCAGAAGUUGCGAACUCGUGUUCGAGUUGGAGUCGUUGGAGGAUCUGACCUCAACAAGAUCAUGGAGCAGCUGGGUAACGAUGUGAUCCAGGAAGUGGACUACGUCUUUGCUGAGAAUGGUCUGGUGGCCUACAGAUAUGGACAGUUGGUGUCUAUCCAGUCCAUCCAGGCUCAUAUGGGAGAGGAACUGCUGCAGGAGUUCAUCAACUUCUGUCUCAACUACAUGGCCAAGAUCAAACUGCCUAAGAAGAGGGGAACGUUUAUUGAAUUCCGUAAUGGCAUGUUGAACGUCUCCCCUAUCGGACGCAGCUGCACACAGGAAGAGAGGAAGGAAUUCUACAAGCUGGAUCAGAAAGAAAAAAUCCGUGAGACGUUUGUGUCCGUGUUAAAGGAAGAGUUCAAAGGACGAGGACUCUCGUUCUCCAUUGGAGGACAGAUCAGCUUUGACGUGUUUCCCGACGGCUGGGAUAAGAGAUACUGUCUGGGCAUCGUUGAGAAGGACAAGUACUCCACCGUCCACUUCUUUGGAGACAAAACCAAACCUGGAGGAAACGACCACGAGAUCUUCAGCGACCCGCGAACCAUCGGCCACGAAGUCACGUGUCCCGAGGAAACGCAACAAAUCUGCCAACAGCUGUUUUUCUCCUGAGAGACGAGGAAACGGACGACGGCGCGUUUCCAGAAAAGUCAAAAAUAAUUUGGUCAUUUUCUGGUUCAUUCAUGUUUUGUUCGGGGUUUGUAAACGAUCAUGUGACUUUUUUUCAAACGUGAAUGAAUGUAUCAUGCGAUUCUGAUCAAAUGUAUCGUCAUAAAAAAAAAAUCCUGGAUAAUGAGAAUGAGGUUUGUUACAAUGUAACAACCUGUAAAUAUGUGAUUAUGAAAUAAAAUAGAAAUAAAACCUGUGGGAUUUGGCGCCCCCCUCUGGUUGCAAGUGGCAAUAACUUUACAGUACAUCACAUUACAUUACAUGUCAUUUAGCAGACGCUUUUAUCCAAAGCGACUUACAAUAAGUGCAUUUAAACAUGUGGGUACAAACGAGCUGCUGUCAUAAGUGUGCUUUUUCUUUUUCUUUUUUUUUGUCGUCGUCUUAGUCGAGGUAGAGUCGGUAGAGUCGAAAGAAAUGUGUUUUUAGUCAGCAACUGGCUCUUUGAGACACAUCAGGAACUUUGUCCCACUGAGGGAGCGUCAAUAAAGUUUGUUGUCAAGA